ACUAGCUUUAAGCUUUAAGCGGCAUCAAUUCCUGCGCUGCGUUUGGCCAGGGGCGUUACCCUGCCAAGUAUGCAACGCAAGCUGCAUAGAAAUAAAGAUGAUCUACUUACUUAAUCCGUAUAUCGAAUGAGUACCCGCUGACUAGCGCGACUUUCGCACUUUGGUCAAGUAUGCGAUGGACGUCAUCCUUAAAAAGAUAGAUGAGGUCCGCGUCCGUGUUCCUUGUGAAGCUUCUGAGCCUGUCCCACCCAGAGGUUGGGCUGGAUGGCCAAUUGUAGUGAACGAGUUGGAUUACGUUGUGGACGAAGAGUCAAUAAAUGAUGUCUAUGAUACCGCCGUGAAGCAACACAGGUUAGAACAGAAACGGAAACAUGCAGCGGCGUCGGCUAGGUCAGCGCCGGUCGGUCUGGGAACUGCGACUGCCAACGGCGGUACUGCGCAAGGGCAGGCAGCGGAAGGCGCUACUGGGGGAGCUGCGGGCGCAGAGAUUCCCAGCCCCGUCAACCUCGCAGAAGCUCGCGCAGCAAUUGCAGCAGCGGUAGCGCAGGAGCCGGAUGCAACAGCGGUUGCCGCCGGCCCCGCUGCCACCGUUGCUGCUGCGGUUGGUGCAAGGAAGGCCACGGCGGUGACCCGACCCUCCGCUGCGGCGAGUCCUCAGCGGGGGAGGAAGAGCUUGCCGCCGCAGCCGGGUCCGUCACCCCUCGGAGGGCCCUCGCCUAAAGGACCGCCUUCUCCUGUGACGUCACCGCUUGAGGGACACAGAGUCUCAGAGGCCCCACUGGAGACUCCGGCAAGCGAUGGUGGCGGUGGCAGGAGCAGCAGCCGGAGAGGAGCCCGGCAGGGCGGCAUGUCGCUACAGCGGCGAGGACCAGCAACUACAAUGACCGCAGCAGCAGGGGCCGCGGCGGUUGAUGACGGCAAUGGAGUCGAUGAUGACGAGGUGAUGGAGGCGGAGGCAUCGCAGCGGCAAGAAGAGGAGGAGCAGGAAGGAGGUAGUCUAACGGCGCCUGCAGGGACCGGCGGGCAGCAGCAGCGGCGCCCUCCACCCGUGUAUGAGGGUGAUCCGGACCCGCGGGGGCCUUACGGGCCUCAGGCGUCUGUGGCGGCUAUCGAGAAAGCCUUCCACGCAGCCUUCGAUCGCGCCUACUCUCGCAAGCAAGAGGAGCGGCGGAAGAAGAGGCUCGAGCAAGUGCAGCUGCGACAACGGCAGCCGCAGGAGCAGCGACAAUGGCAGCAGCAAGAACAACAGCAGCGGCAACAGCAGGAACGACAGAAGCUGCGGCAGGAGCAGGAGCUGCUCCGGGCCGAGGCGGAGGCCCGGAUCCUCGCUCGCAAUGAAGCCCUAGCGCAGAACCCCGCACGUAGGGUUAAGGCCCCUGCGCCGGCAGCGGCAGAGGCAGCAGCCCCCGGAGCCGUGGCAGCUCGCAAGGGAGGGCGGCGGAAGCAGGAAGCACCGAAGAAGGUUCCUGUGGGGCGACCAGUGGCGGCGUUAGCAGCAACAGAGAGCGAGGAGGAGGUGGAAGCGGAGAAGGAGGUGGAGAAGGAGGAGGUGGAAGCGGAGGAGGAGGUGAUCGUCAUCAGCAGUGACCACGAUGAUGACUCUGAUGACCUUGUCCGCCACGACGGUAAUGCCAGCGAAGAGGAGGAGGAGGGGGAGGAGGAGGAGGAAGAGAAAGAGGGGGAAGAAGAGGAGUUCGGUCGGCCGCCACGACGGCCCCGGCUUGUUCCCCCUGCAGCAGCAGCAGCGGCAGCGGUCGCAGCCGGCACUUCGGCAGGCGCACGCCUCCAGCCGGAACAGGGAAGACAGCGGCAACCGCAGGUGCAUGCAGGCGCUGCUGGAGGUGCUUCCCCAGGGACAGCAGCCGCAACACCGCCGGCAGCAGCGGCAGCGGCCGGUCAGGAUGCACGAGGUGCGCGGGGCGCUGCAGCGGCAACGGGGUCUGAGUCGAAGCGUCGGCGUCUUCGGGAGGGUCCGGAGCCUGAGGGAGUUCCGGCGGCCUUAUCACCUCGUGCUGGGGCCCAGGCUGCUGCGGCGGCUGUUUCUGCUGGGGUCGGGGCAAAGCAACUGCAGCAGCAGCAAAGGCGCCGUCGAGUGGAGCAGCCGUCCGAAGCGGAGGACAACGGCACAGCCGCCGCCAUGAAUGAGGAGGAUAAGGAAGCGCGUCGCGCCGCCUCCGGCGCUGCAGCCGCAGCACCUGCCGCGGCUGCAGCCACCACCACUGCAGCAGCUGCACCGCGCACACGGGCACGAGCUGCUGCGGCGGCAGCGGCAGCGGUCCCAGCCGCAGCCCCGCUACCGAGGCGGCGUAGCACACGAAUCACACGCAAACAGGCUGCGGCACUCCCCAAGGACGACGACGAGGAGGAGGAGGAGGAAGAAGAAGAAUGUGGCGAGGAGGUCAGCAGCACCGGCAUCAGGACCUCCGCCAAAGUGGCUGAGGGCAUGAGACGGCUCGGAGAGUUCCUAGCGGCGCGGAGGGCAGCAGCAGCUGCUGCAGAUGCUGCUGCUGCUGCAACCGACCGCGCAGUCGCAGGACAGCAGCAGGAGCAGCGGGAUCGCGAGGAUGCUCAGGUGCGGCUCGCAGGUCAUGCGGGUCAUGCGGGUGCUGCUGUCGAGGCUAACGCGGAUGUUGCCGCAGGUGGCGCUGCGGAGGCCCAGGCUGCGGUACCGGUAGCUGGAGCAGACCGAGCCCAGCAGCAGCAACAGCCGGAGGAGCAGCAGCCCCAACAGCCGCAGGGCCCGAAGCACAAGCGGCGGAAACCGGAGUCUUUCAGCCGUACUCCCCAAGAUGCGGACACGCGGGAGGCUGCGGCUGCGCUAUCUGUACAGGGCUUGGGCACGACUGCGACCAUGUCCGCUGCUCCCCCCGCUGCUGCUGCUCCUGCUUCCCGUGUGGGCGCAGUCGCGACGGGGGGGCCCACGGCGGCGACGGCGACAAUGGCGACCGCACAAAAGGCGCCAGGCAACGGAGGUAGGGGCGGCGGCGCACGUGUCAGCAGUGGCCUGCAGAAGCCACAGCUGCCGCUGCGCCCCUCCAGGCCCUUGGAGGCUGCCCAGGCGGCAGCGGCUGCAAAGGGUGCUACGCCCGCUGCGGCACGUGCUGCGGCCGUCACCACGCCAGCAGCGACGGUAGCAGCGGCGGCUCCAGGACAGCCGGAUGCUGUGGCUCCACCUCUUGCCCCGGCGCCGGCUGCUGACGCCGCAAUGGGUACAGCAAGGCCGCCGCAUGUAGCUCCUAGCCCAGCAGGCGUGGGGGGAGCUCCAGCAGCAGCUGGCGCUGUCACGGAGGCCACUGGACACGCGGCUCAGCCUGCUGUCCGCGAUGAAAGCAGCAACGACGGUGGCGACAAGGACAACGUCAACGGCGGAGCCCCGCAGGACACGAGGGCCCAGAUGCAGGGCCAAGGUCAGGGCCAGGCUCCGGUACGGUCUGCGGGUGAGGAGGAGGAGGAGGCGGCAGUGGAGGUGGAGCAGCGCCCGCCGUCGCCCUUGUGCGAGCAGGUCCCAGGCUUUGGAAGCAUGCUGCCAUGCGGCGGUUUGCCUCUGAAGGCUGCGCAGGCGUGGCUGAAGGGCGCUGGCGCCGGCAGCGGUGGCUGUGCUGAUUGUGGCAAGCACUGGGUGCUGCAGCGCGGACUGACUGUGCGGGAGUGGAACGAAGCAAUGGGUAGCGGCGAUGGUGAUGAUGAUGAUGAGGAGGAGGAAGCGGGAGGUGGAUGGGGGGCAGAACGAUCGAAUCCGGAUGCUCAGGUGCUGGACCUGAAAGACGGUGCUGUGGGCAUUACCUCCCAAAGGGACCUGACCGUGGUGCUGGAGCUGGUCGAGCGGCAGCAGCGGCAGCAGCAGCGACAGCAGGUGGACUGCUGCCGACCUGCAAAAGGCCACGGAAACGGCGCGGGUGCUGCUAGAGCUCCAGUCGCUGUUGAGGAGGAGAUGCUGGAGCAAGGGGAGGAGGCGGACGAGGAGGCUGGGCACUCCUGGUUGCCUCGCGACCUGCCCACGGAACCUGUGGGACAGGAGGAGCUGCCGGAGCAUCAUGACGUGCUGGGACCGCCGCCGCCGCAGCUGCGUUCGUGGUGCCGAGGGGGGCAGCAGCGCCGGAGAAAGUCGACUGCUGUGGGGAUGGCGGCAGCUGUGUCGCUGACGACCGCUAAGAGGCUGCGGGAGGUAGAUCCGGCGGCAGUGCAAGCCGCGGAAGCAGGUGCGGCAGCAGCAGCGGCGGCUGGGGGAGUACCGCAGGCGGCUGCGGGGGUAUGUGGAGGGGUUGCUGACCGGGUGGAGGCUGGGGGUGGUGGGGAUGGGGGUGCUGAUGGCAGCAAGGCCGAGACUGCGAGCAGUGGGGGCGGCACGGGGGCUGCCACAUCAGAGCGAAGCUGGCAGACCGCUAGCAGCGAUGAGCAGCACCCACCGCCGCCGGGGCCACGGCAGCAGCAGCAGCGGCAGCAGGCUUCUUCUCAACGUGGUGGACAACCCAGUGGCAAUGGUGUUACGGCGGGUACAGCUGAUGGUGGUGGUGGUGAUGCUGCCCGCAGGCGGGAAUCCCAGGGCGGCGAGAUGGGUGGCGGCGAGAUGGGGGCGGCAGUCCUGGAGUCGCAGCAGCAGCAGCAGCAGGCUGCUGCCGCGGGGUUCGUGAUGGAGAGCCAGCCGCCGGUGUUCUUCACGCAGCCGCUGUGAUGCGUAAUGAGCACGUGUGGUGACGAAAGAUUAAAACAAGGCUUGGGGGUGGGGGUGGGGUUGACGGCGGCGGGGAUGAUGGGUGCCGCAGAGGCAGCGGCUAGGAAGAUAUAGGUGGAAUAAAGACUGGGAAGGGUAGCGAAUUCCGUUUGUUGGUUUCACGAGAGGGAAUCGUAUUACAGUGUUGACAACACCGCUUCUUGACAGUGCUGUUUCGUUGAUAAGUUAUGGGUUUGGUGCGUGCUAGAGCAGCAGCCCCAACGAACGAUUUUCCGUAACAGUGAUUUAGCUAGACAUUUCCUGACUGUUGGGUCUUGGUCAUGGUAUCAGGCAGAGAGCAGAGGAGAGUUCAUGAAUUGCAUCCUGUAGGUCCCAUGCGACCCAUGGGUCAUCAGGCGGAAAGGAAGGGUGGAUACGCCUCUUGAAGGGACGCUUCAUGCUUCUCGGAAUAUGCGGAACUAUCACGGCAAAACAUGCGACAUGUCAUGUCAUGUGUGGGAUCAGGAGUAUACGUACAUACGUUGAUGCAUGUUGCUCGUCCCAGUGCAGAUAGGGAGGUCCGCACUGAGCAGCCCAGGUGUACUACUGGUAUAAGCACGCUUGCUCCUAGGCCAUCCAC